CCCCUGCGCCUCGCCGUCGCGGGAGCGGAGGCGGUUCCUAGCCGAGGCGAUGGCGACGGGGGCGCCGGACUCGCAAGCGCGCUUCGGUCAGUCCGUGAAGGGGCUCCUCACGGAGAAGGUGAACACCUGUGGCACUGACGUGAUCGCGCUCACGAAGCAGGUGUUGAAGGGCUCGCGGAGCUCGGAGCUGCUGGGUCAGGCAGCUCGGAACAUGGUGCUCCAGGAAGAUGCCAUCUUGCGCUCAGAAGACAGCUUAAGGAAGAUGUCCAUAAUCACCACCCAUCUUCAGUACCAGCAAGAAGCUAUUCAGAAAAAUGUUGAGCAGUCAUCGGAUCUCCAGGACCAGUUGAAUCAUCUGUUAAAGUAAAACGGCAGAUCAAGGACAGAGAUGCUUCAGGCCUUGGUUGUGAAGGCUCGACCUCUUACAGUCCCAUGCUGUGUGUUGCUUUCUUCUGCCUUCUUCAGAGUUUUAAGUAGACAAGAUUUGUGAUGAUGUAUAGUUUCUUCUGAAAGAAGUUAGGUACUUCUUUUUCUUUUUUUUUCCUUUUUUUUUGGGUCACACCCAGUGAUGCUCAGGGUUACUCCUGGCUCUGCGCUCAGGAAUUAUUCCUGGCAGUGCUUAGGGGACCACAUGGGAUGCUGGACCCAGGUUGGCCAAGUGUGUGCCUGAUAAGCACCCCACCCACUGUACUAUCUUACUGUAUCUUUUUAUGCUUUUUUUUAUUAUUAGUUUUUGGAUUUUGGGCCACACUUAGCAGCGUUCAGUCCUGGCACUGCUUAGGAUACCAGAUAUGGUGCCAGGGGUUGAGUCUGGGCUGACUGUUGGUAAGGUGAGUGCCUUACCUGCUGUACUGUCUCUCGGGCCCCUUAUUGGAUGUUUUAAGUGGUUUUGCUAUUUCGCUGUGAACGCAAAAUUAAAAGAUAACUGCAUGCUACAGCUGAGCAGCAGCCCCCACCCUAGACUGAUUCUUUUUUUUUUUUUUCUUUUUGGGUCACACCCGGCGAUGCACAGGGGUUACUCCUGGCUCUGCACUCAGGAAUUACUCCUGGCGGUGCUCAGGGGACCAUAUGGGAUGCUGGGAUUCGAACCCGGGUCGGCUGCGUGCAAGGCAAACACCCUACCCGCUGUGCUAUCACUCCAGCCCCACCUAGACUGAUUAAGCAAACAUUGAGUAAUGUUUUACCUGCACCAGUUAAAAUUUAGUAAUGUUUCAUUGUGAACAUACAAGAAGGAUCAAUGGUCUCUCCACAGACUUUGCCCUUUCUCAUCCUUCUACAGGAUGAGUUUAACCUCACAAGCACUUGGUACUCCUGGUUGUUUGUUUGUUUGUUUGUUUCAUUUGUUUGUUUUUAAAUUUCUAACCUGUCAAAGAAAUAGACUUGCUCUCUUCAUUGUAGCAAAGUUCCAAAGAAAAAUUAGUCAAAUGAUACUAUAUUUGGCCAGCUGCAGUCCCUACCUUGACCUACAUUCCUGGGGGAUGUUGUGAAUCAUGAUUAACUGGCCUUGGAUUCAUUUUGUAAUUCUGCUAUUCAUCAGCAAGUUUACUUGGAUGAUAAGUGCCAAGACAGUUGAAUGAUAGCGAUUGCAAGGGUUGGGCCAUGGCUAAAACAUUGUGUUUGUAGACAAGAAGCCCCUUUACUAAAUGGCAUUGCCAUGGUCACUUACAUAGCUGAACGUUGUUGACGUUUUAUUUAUUUUUAAAUAGAAAGUUUACUGGAGAGUAGAAAGGAAAGGAAAUUCCCCAAGCAGGAGGGGACUUGGUCUAGGACUAAGUUCUUCAUUGUUUGGUUUUAAAAUGAGAUUCUAUCCUGUUCAGAUUCAGUUUACUUAAUGAGGGGCUGGAAGAAAGUUAACUUUAAAAAAUGCUGUUUCCCCUAAAAGAAAAAGACUCUUAAAGCCAGAUCUAUUCUAUAUACUCCUAACGUAUAGAAAAGGAUAGUACGAUAUCCAGUUCAUUUGCCCAAGUGUGUGUUUCAUUAAAAAAAAAAAAAGUGAGGGGGCUAGAGCAAUAGCACAGCGGGUAGGGCGUUUGCCUUGCAUGUGGCCGACCUGGGUUCGAUUCCCCAGCAUCCCGUAUGGUUCCCUGAGCACCGCCAGGAGUAAUUCCUGAGUGCAUGAGCCAGGAGUAACCCCUGUGCAUUGCCGGGUGUGACCCAAAAAGAAAAAAAAAAAAAAAAAAAAAGAGGACUUGCAUGCAAGGACCCAGCCUUCGUUUGUAGCAUUACUUGGUCACCUAAGUGCAGAGCUGGGAGCAGUUCCUGGGCACUGCCAGGGGUGACCCUAAAACAAAAACCAGAACAAGAGGAAAAAAGAAAAUAAGAUGGCACAAGGCUACAUAGAAGAUUCUUUUCUGUACCUAUAGGUGAAAAAUCCUAAUAAAGUCUUUAAAAACAC